AAUGCAAAGUCGGUAAACGACCAGUCGCUGUCCAUCUCGCAACCGUUGCUCCCGCGUUCUGUUAAUUAAAAAAAAACAAAAUGAAGUCGCUUGUACUGCUGUGUGUAUUCGCCUGCCUCUGCACCGCUAUAGCGAAGAGUAAGCGAGACGAUAAGGUGAAGAUAGCGAUAUACUACGAGUCGCUAUGUCCUGACAGCAAGAAGCUCAUCACCACUCAGCUGGCGCCCGUCUGGAGGGACUUCCGGGGACUGGUGAAGGUCAAACUGGUGCCCUACGGGAAAAGCACGCACGACAAAGUGAACGGCAAAUGGCAAUUCACCUGUCACCACGGACCCGAUGAGUGCUACGGAAAUAAGAUCCAGUCGUGCAUCCUGAAGGACCGCAGCCUCCAGGACACGGAGAAGAUGGAGCUGGUCAUCUGCCUCAUGGGACAAGCGCAGCCCGACAAGUCGCUCGACACGUGCUUGGAGCAAGUGAAGCGGCAAGGCGAGUCGGACAAGCUGAAGCGCUGCGCCGGCGGCGAGCAAGGCGACUCGCUGCUGGCGUCCUACGGGGACAAGACCGACACCGUCCAGCGCCCGUUGAACUUCGUGCCAACGGUUGUCAUCAACGAGAAAUUCGACCAAGCACUCCAAGACGAGUCUCAGACCAACCUGAAGGCCGUCAUCUGCCGCAUAUCACCGACCAAGCCCAGCACCUGCUAAUUGGAACACUUACCCUAUUAUUUGUAACUUAUAAGUACACUUGAUAUAAAUAAUUGUAAUUAAAUUUUUACUUAUUU